AUGAGUUAUAAUAAUCUGAAACGAAAUUACAUUCGCAGAAAGAAAUAUCUCAAUGACAGCUAUGAGACUAUCAAACACACACUUGAGCUCAUCAGACUUGCAGGAAAGCUAGAUUUAUCCGAUUCCGAACUUCAGAAAAUGGCGAUGAAACACGCCCAAGCAAUAGAAGCAGCAUGUUGGUCACCUCAUUUACGACUUACUGCUAAAGAAUAUGAAGACAUUACAGUUCAUAAAACGAAAGAUUUAUGUUACGCAUUAACCCAAAAAUAUAUUCCACCAAUUGUCGCACAAACAUUGAAACAGCAAUUACCCAGACAACCAAUGCCACCACAACCAGCACCCCAAGAACAACCAGAUCAAGGUCAGCAAACAAUUAUGUCACCCAAAGCAAUUCAACCGUCGCCAUCAUUCCCAAUACCGAUUGCCAUCAACAGACCACAAACACCUCAUGCAUUUCCGAUCCCAAUUGUACCUAAAUCAGCACCAUCUGCUCUUCCACCACUUUUUUCAGAUGAUUUACUUAUGGAUGACGGCACUGACAGACCUGAAAAGCUCGAUUUUAUCCCGAGCUUUGACAAUCCUGUGAAUCCAUUUGAGGAUUCUAUAGAUGAUUUACCAUUUGAUGAUGAUCCAAUCGGAAAAUCACUAGAUUUAUCAAUCGGAUCUUACGACGGUCAAUAUGACAGGAUGCACUCUUUUGAAUAA